GGCGGGCACAAUACUGUAGCUUACCUCGCAUCAUUGCAGCCUACAGCUGUAGGCUUUCGUGAAGCGGUGGUGGAAAGGGCUACUCAGCAUUACGAUCAAACUGAGGUGUUUAAUAACAAAAAUGGCCACUGCAUCAAGCUUGGACCCGGAUGUGGUCAGAGAAGUUCUGGAAUGCCCUAUUUGCAUGGAAACCUUUAAUCAGGAACAGCUUCGUCCAAAGCUGCUUCAGUGUGGUCACACAGUUUGCAGACAGUGUUUGGAAAAAUUGCUUGCUAGUACCAUCAAUGGUGUUCGGUGCCCUUUUUGCAGCAAAGUUUCCAGAAUGAGUAGCAUUUCUCAGCUUGCAGACAAUUUAACAGUCCUUAAAAUAAUUGAUUCGGCAAGUUCAAGUACACCAAUGUGCUUGAUGUGUAGAAUGUGCAAGAACAGGUUGCCCAGACAGUAUUGCCUGACAUGCAGCAUUGUUUUGUGUGACUCCUGCAAGGGUGAGAGGCAUCAGCAGUUGGGACACAGCAUCCUUUCCAUCCAGACUGCAGCUGAACAGAGGAGAAAAGAUGUUGGGGCAAAACUGACUGCUCUACGUGAAAAAAUGGAAAAUGUACAAAAAAUGAAAAGUUCACUGGAGGGAAUAUCGAAAAAUUUGAGACUAAAAUACAAGUCAGUUCAGCAAGACUACACGCAAGCUGAGCUGCGAAUUCACGAAGAGCUCGUGAAAUCCCGUAAAGCCUUUGCUAACUCUUUGUCGGAGGUUGAGAAACUGAACAGUCAAAUCCUGGAGGAGCACACCUACCUUUUAAACAUUGCUGAAGUGCAGAUUGUGUCUCGGUGUGAUUACUUAACAAUGAAAAUCAAGCAGUCGGACAUAGCCCUGCUAGAAGAAUCAAUUGAGGAAGAGGAGGAGAUGGAGUUGAAAAGCCAUUUGCCUGCUCUGCUGAAACUUCAAGAACCUGACUUUAUCAAAGCAGAACUCUUGGAACCACUGGAAGUGGGUCAAGUCACCACCAAGCCAUAUACUGUGAAUACUGAAGACAUCUUGCAUGAAGUACCAGGAACUCAUCUUGAUCAGUUGUAUCGAGAUGUAGACAUGGUACCUGAUGAAGUUGUGACUGUGUCUGCAUCUCCGAGCUUGAAACCAAAACUUGUUGAACCAGUACUGGCAGCAUCUCAGCAGUGCCAGUUUAUUAAAAAAAUGGGCUGUAAAGGCAACCUGCCUGGGAUGUUUAAUCUUCCCAUCAGUUUAUGUGUUACAGCACAAGGAGAAGUGCUAGUAGCUGACCGUGGGAAUUACAGAAUUCAAAUAUUUAACAGGAAAGGAUUUCAGAAGGAAAUCCGACGUAGUCCUAGCAGCAUUGACAAUUUUGUCUUAAGCUUUCUGGGAGCGGAUCUUCCAAAUUUAAUCCCACUCUCAGUAGCCAUAAACAAUCAGGGACUAAUUGGUGUGACAGACAACUACGACAAUUCAGUCAAAGUGUACACUGCUGAUGGGCACUGCGUGACAUGCCACAAAAAUCAGUUAAUUAAGCCUUGGGGCAUUGCCGCCAUGCCAUCGGGACAAUUUGUGGUCACUGAUGUGGAGGGAGGCAAACUAUGGUGUCUGGCUGUGGAUCGGCACGUUGGAGUUGUGAACUAUAGUAGGCUAUGUUCUGCUGUUCGUCCAAAAUUUGUGACUUGUGAUUCUAGUGGAACUGUGUAUUUUACUCAGGGUCUUGGGCUGAAUAUUGAAAACCGUCAUAAUGAGCAUCACCUCGAAGGUGGCUUCUCCAUUGGCUCUGUUGGAACCGAUGGCCAGCUUGGCAAGCAACUGAGCCAUUUUUUUUCUGGAAAUGAGGACUUCCGUUGCAUUGCCGGUAUGUGUGUUGAUUCCAGAGGAGAUCUGCUGGUUGCAGACAGUAGUCGGAAGGAGGUGUUGCACUUUCCCAAAGAUGGUGGUUUUACCGUAUUAAUACGGGAAGGAUUAACAUGUCCCGUGGGAGUUGCCAUAACUCCAAAGGGGCAACUGUUGGUGUUAGACUGCUGGGACCACUGCCUGAAAGUAUACAAUUAUCAUACACGACGACUGUCAUCCACAAGCAGCUAGAUACUGUCAUACAUGGUCAAAUUAGCCAGAAGAGGUAACAACAGUGAAAUAAUGCAGUCAGUGCAUGGAGAGCAAUAAAUGAUCUAGUCUGUUAUUCUUUUAUCAUUGAUGAAAAUUGCACACCCCUCAAUGAGGAUCAUUCAUGGGGCACUUAUUUAACUUUUUCAUUUUUUUUAUUUUAUUAAUAUGUAAUGAAGGUAUACUGAAUCACUUUGCACAUAGUCUUUGGGAAGACUACUGGAAAUUGUAAAAUAUUUUUUUUUUAAUAAAAGGGUUUAGUAGAGUUUAUCUGCAAUAAGUGAAAAUUAGUCAAGCACUAUAUCUUAGUUAUUUGGUAACUGGGCCCUGGAUUUAAUUUACAAUCAGAAAUGCUCAAAUAAAUCAAGAAUAGAUUUUGAAUUAUAAAAUAAUUACCCAACUCAUGGCUUUUAUCUAUAAAUGAAUCACAUUUUAAAAAUAUAUGUAUGGUGAUAAGUAUGCUUUAUUUCCCUAAAAUGUGAAAACACUUCUGAACUCUGGACUGUCUUUGAACUUUUAGAGGAACUGACUGGAAAGGAUGGCCUUCUUCUCAGCAUGUGCACUAGUCGUGAACGGGGCAAACUGCAUUAAAAAUUCCUCCACGAAAAGCCAGAGUGCUCCUGCUUUUAAAGCUGGGUCUAAUUAUUUUCAGGUAUUACUUUUAUGAACAGAAUUUCCUGUCCUUUGCAAAGUGCUGGGAAAAGUUUGCUUUAAAUAAUGGCAAACUUACCGUUUGUUAAUUGUGAUUUAACAUGAUUUUUGUCAGAAAGCAUUCCAAAAAUGUACGCCAAAGUAGCAAGCACUUUAUUUCACAGGCAGAUCCAGAGAAGUCUGUAUAAUCAUAUUAUGACUAUGAUUAAUUUGAAAUCACAAGAGAAAAAAAGAACAUAUAAAUUAAUAAUGACUCUAGUAUAAAAAGGAGAUGAUAUUUAAGAAAUACUGUGAUUUAAACCCUCAGAAGUGUCAGGAGUAUCUCUGAUUUCCUGGCAGUAGCAAAACUUUCUCUGUUCAUUAUCAGUGUUUGCAUGCGGUGACUUAUGAAGAAAUAUUUUGCUUAUGAACUGAAAUGUAUACCGUGUUUUUAAUCUCCUGAAGAGCAUUAAGCUGUUUCUGUAAAAUCCAUACAUUUGUUCUGUUAGUUUUAAAAACUAUUGCAAUGUGUCUUCUUUCUUUCAUUGUUCUUUGCAAUGUGUCUUCUUUCUUCCAUUGCUGUUAUGUGUGUUGAUCUACUCACUAACUCUUAAAAUUAUUGUUUUACUUGAUUGUGUAAUUCCUUUGAUCCUGACUGUUUUCCUCUGUACAAGGUACGUUUACACAUUGUUUGUACUGUUUGAUACCUUUCAGUGGAAUAAAUGAAAUUCAAGAAUC